AUGGAGAACUGGGGCCGGGAGAGGGAGGAAACAGAGUCCCAGAAUGAGUGGGAUUGCAAGGGGACUGCCAAGGGAAGAUAUCGCGCAUCUAACCCAGGGCAGUUUGAGACUGACAGCGAUGUGCUGUGGCAGCGAGGCCAGGUUCCAGAGGCAAUAGCCUACCAUGGUCGCGUGGGAAUUAACACAGAUGCCCCAGACGAAGCGCUGGUUGUGUGCGGAAACGCCAAGGUUAUGGGCAGAGUCAUGCACCCCUCUGACAGCCGGGCGAAGCAGAACAUCCGGGAGGUGAGGCCCCUGCGGUGCUCAGGGCACUCCUGUGCCCUGCAGCGCGUGGGCAUCGCUGCUCCCACGCGCGAAGCAGCCCCUGUCGACACAAAUGAGCAGUUGAGAAGAAUAACACAAAUGAGACUGGUGGAAUAUGACUACAAGCCUGAAUUUGCAUCUGUUAUGGGAAUAAAAGAUACCCAUGAAACAGGGCAAGAUGUCCAUGGAGCCUUGGAAAAUCCCAUGGUGGAUACAAGCCUGUUGGAAGAAUUAAUUAGUAGUGACAUAGAGUUUGGAACUUUGCAAAGCCAGUUGCCAGACUCCCCACCGGACUCUGGUUCAGAACCAUGUUCCCCACCACAGCUACAAACAACUGUAAAGGAUUGUGCUGCUGAAGUGCAAGAAUAUGACAGUGAUGGACAGAAUGCAGCUUUGGAAAAAUGCUGUCAAGCUCUUACAUGGCAGCCAUAUCAAACUUCUCAGUGGAACAGCUUAUUUGACUCUAAUUACGAAAAAUUACCUGCUGUAGGAUAUCACAUUGUCACAGAUAAAGGAUUUAAUUUUUCAACAGCAGAUGAUGCCUUUGUGUGCCAAAAGAAGAAUCAUUUCCAAAUCACGGUUCAUAUUAGAAUCACUGGACAUCCAAAAUAUGUCAAAACUCAGCAGGGGAGGAAACUAAUAGAAAAGUUUUACUUGAAAGCUUAUGGAAUUAAGGUGGAAGCUCCAAAUGAAAUAGUUGCUAUUGAACAGUCUCAAUCAGAUCGAAGCAAAAAAACUUUUCAUCCUGUUAAAGUUGAUCUGCCAGGGGACCAGAUAACUAAAGUAACACUAGGACGGCUGCAUUUCAGUGAAACGACAGCAAAUAAUAUGAGAAAAAAGGGGAAACCUAAUCCUGAUCAGAGAUACUUCAUGCUGGUAGUUGGACUGUAUGCUGUCUCUCAGGACCAGUUCUACUUACUAUCUGCAAAUGUCUCUGAAAAGAUCAUUGUGAGGGCAUCUAACCCAGGGCAGUUUGAGACUGACAGCGAUGUGCUGUGGCAGCGAGGCCAGGUUCCAGAGGCAAUAGCCUACCAUGGUCGCGUGGGAAUUAACACAGAUGCCCCAGACGAAGCGCUGGUUGUGUGCGGAAACGCCAAGGUUAUGGGCAGAGUCAUGCACCCCUCUGACAGCCGGGCGAAGCAGAACAUCCGGGAGGUCGACACAAAUGAGCAGCUGAGAAGAAUAACACAAAUGAGACUGGUGGAAUAUGACUACAAGCCUGAAUUUGCAUCUGUUAUGGGAAUAAAAGAUACCCAUGAAACAGGAAUAAUAGCCCAGGAAGUGAAGAGGCUUUUACCUGAAGCUGUUAGAGAAGUUGGAGAUGUUGCUUGUAAUGAUGGAGAAAAAAUAGAAAACUUCCUCAUGGUUGACAAGGAUCAGAUCUUUAUGGAGAAUGUUGGUGCUGUAAAGCAGCUUUGUAAACUAACAAACAACCUUGAAGUCAGAAUAGAAGAACUGGAGCAGUGGAACCGGAAACUGGCCAGGCUGAAACGGAUCAACAGUUUAAAGUCAACAGUCAGUGAAGAGAGCAAAGUCAGGUACCUCUGGCUGGGAUGUUCUCUAAUAGUUGUCACACAAGUUGUUAAAGUGAUCUCUGAAGCGAUAGAAGGGAAACCCGAUUUUGUUUGUUUAUCAAAGACUAAAGAAUCUUGUUCCGUGAAGAUUUUCCGGGUGACUAUAAUAGCUUUGAUUGCUAUUAUGGCACUAUGUGCUUUGACAAUAUGGAGCCUAUAUUUACUUAGCAUUCGUGACAGCCGUUUUGAAAAACAGCCAGUUUACAGCAAUAUUUCAAGUUCUGUCCCAGUUUCUCCCGCUACUACCACAACAGCAUUGCAGAGUGAAAGCACAGUUUCUCAGACAACACAACCCACCAGCAGGAUCCCUGAAGUGAAUUUCUGUGACAUUUUACCUUGUGACAAGGUCUAUUGUUGUCCAAUUCAUCACCCAAAAGUCAAAUCUCUAAGUUAUGAAAAAAAUAAUGCAAAGGAGAAACGAAACAAAAGUGAUUUGUUACCCAAACGAGAUCCCCUCAAAAAACCUGGUGGAAGACCUGAUCUUGGAAAUGACUGGAUUGAUACAACAAUCAGUUCCAUACAGAUUUUGGAAACUCAGCAAAGCAUUGACAAGCGCUAUUGUAGUAAAAAUUUGCAGUGCAGCUCUGGAAACUACAGCUAUGUUAUUCCUAUUAACAAAUACAUGCCCACGGAUGUAGAAAUCUCACUGGAAAUAAACACCACAGAACCAUUAAUUAUAUUUCUCUGCAAAGUCACAUUUGGAAAUUAUUGCUCUCAUUAUUCUUCAAGCCAAAACACUAGGAAGAAUUUCCAAGAAACCACACAGGGACGGCAGCACAUUUGGGCUCUCCCUGUGGCUAGGCUGUAUGACAGCGCAUACUCCUUCCGCGUAGCUGUGCCGGGUUUUGCUAGCUGCUCAACAGACCGUUACUUUGCUGGAAUGUUUUUUACUGAUUACUACUUCUACUUUUAUCGGCAAUGUAAUUAAAAUGUUGCUGAAUAUUCUGUUCUUUGGGGAAAAGAUGAGGAAACACUUAAUAUGAAAAAGAGACUUGCAAAUAAUCCUGGAUUUUUUAAAAAACCUCUUUCUGGAUUGUAUGGGAUUUUCUUGGGUUUUUUUCACUUUUAAAUUAA